CCGCAGUGCAUUCUGGGGGUUACAGUUUAGUGCCACAUAUCCGUUUCCAUUCAGCAACUUUUGCUUUAGUCAGACCGAGUCCAGCGGCCGGGUCUGCGCUUGGAGCUUCCACGAUGUGUCUCUGUGACUGUGGGUUAGUGAGUGGAUAUCGACUGGAGGGACUAUAACUGUGGCUGUGGAUAUGAACGCUUCUCGGUGAACAUGUGUGGAUUCGUCGUCUCAUGAACAAGAACCAGAUAAGCCAAGUGUCCCGAGGAAGCUAGCGUGGCUAACGCGCAUAUAUAUAUUUAUAUAUACAUACAUUGAGUGGAAGAGCUGGUUGCUCGCCUGCCGCCGUGUUUGCAUACGGACUGGAUUUGCUACUAUCUGUUCCAGAUCUUUACACGCAGUUUGUGUUGUUUCUGUGUUCAACAUGGAUAACAACAUGUACGAUCUGUGUAGAGGGUUAAGAUCCCCUCUGUUAUGAGUUUGCCUUCACUGAAAUCGCACUUUCUAGACCAAAUAGAUACUAUGAGGAUCCCAGGAUUUUUCUCAGAGGAGGUGUGUUAGCUGCUUCAUUCGCAAAGAAUGUCCGACUUCGAAAGUGGAAGUUCAUAUUCCGGUUUGGAUGAUCCACGGUGGCUGUGUAUGGUCACCCUCUUCAUCGCAUCUCUGGUCACUCUGGCACUGUACUUCAUACAGUACAUUCAACAAAGGGUCGCAGGAAAUAAACAGAGGACAGUCGUGGACAAUGCGGCGAAGAAGGAAGCCGACGCUUUUCUGAAAUGGGCGCUGUCACUAGAAAGCUGGAAAAGUCAAUGGAGAGAGACCUGGUGCAGGGCUCUGAACGACGAGUCGAGAAAGCGUGGGGGUCCUGUUGUGCUUACGUUUGAAGAAGAAGAAGAUGAUGAUGUUGAAGCGUCAGAGCUGGAGGUUAGCCGAGUGUCCAGUUUUCAGAAGUCUUCCACUGGUCAGGCUGUUUGCUGCACUGUGGUCGGGGAGAAGCUUCAGUUUGCCCUCAGUGCGUCAUUGCCAGCAGUGGCUACAGGAGACCCCUGUAAAUACACCAUUACAUUGACUCCCCUAGAGUUACAGCUUGAUCUGCAAAAGCAACAAGCUAAAGAUGAAAUCAAGGCAAGCUGGGGUAUGUCCCAGCUGGACACUGAGGAUGUGCAGGUGACGCCCAUAUCAAUCCAGGACAAUGUACAAACAUCAGCUGUGGAAGCCAUUCAGGAGCAGCUCAGGAAGCUGCUGUGUGCAACACGCCCCUCUCUGUUGCUGAGCUGCAGGCCUGCUCAGGCAUCAGAGAACACGGAAACCGCAGACAGAGUGGUCUCACCUCCCAAACCUCCCCGUGCUCACGACUGGAAGCUGCUGCUGAAAAACAUCCGUGUGACGCUCGGUCAAGAGGAAAAUGCUGCAGGCAGCACCAAUCCUCUGUGUGUACUACAGUUGAACGAUCCUCCUCAGAAGUUUAACACGUCUGUUCUAACAAACACAACCGCCCCUGCCUGGGACCAGCCAUUUAUCUUUGAAUUAAAUGGACGGUCGAAGGAGCUCAGCAUUCAGUUGAUGAAUGACGGACAAACUUCGGAGGACUCAUUACUGGGUCAGGCGUCGGUGCCUUUAGAUCUCGUGCAAAAACACCCCAAAGGACAGCAAACGUUUGCACUCAUGACCAAAGACACAGUGACCGGUUCACUUAUUGCUGAGUUCACCUAUUUGGAGCCCAGUGAAGUGAGGUCCUGGCACCCCCCAACCCCAGCCAUCAGUAAGAAAGUGGAGAUGGACAGAAAAGUCAUGCCCUGCGGCACAGUGGUCACCACCAUCACCGCGGUGAAGAGCAAACCAGGCCGGCCCCUCCCACUUGGACUGAGUAUAGAUUCUUCCCAAAAGGCAGUGGUCAACAAGCCCAAGUUGUCCGAGCGACGCGUGUCCGAGCAGGGAUCUCAGUCAGGGGCCACUGUCAGCAAAGCCUUGUCCUCCUCCGACACGGAGCUGUUGAUGCUCAAUGGCACGGAUCCAGUUGCAGAGGCUGCCAUCAGACAACUCCACCAGUCUGCCAAGCAGAAGCUCAAGUCUCCAGUGAAGAAGAGCACCAUCAUCAUUUCAGGCAUCGCUAAAACGCCCUUGUCUCAGGAUGAUGAGUUGGCACUGAUGGCAGGCUACGCUGCAGCGAUGGACGCCUCCAUGUCAGAGGGCAGCUCCACUCAGGAUGUGACGGCAGCCAUAGCGUCAGGGUCCAGCAGCCUGCCGGAGAUGUUGGAGCCGCAGGAAGGCCCCAGCGGAAUCGGUCGACCUCCAGAGGACUGGGAGAGCCAGGCGGGAGAGGAACUAGAGAACGCAUCACUGUCCAUGUGUGUGUCUGAGGCCACCUGCAAGAAGAGCAGAGGCAGCUUUCUACAAAAAAGUGCAAAGCUCUUCUUCCGACGCCGUCACCAGCGCAAGGACCCGGGGAUGAGCCAGUCUCACAAUGACCUGGUUUACUUGGAGUCUCCAUCCACGGUGGAGCGCGCCAGCCGAACAGCUACGCUCAGCCGCAUGCUCAGCCGAAGGAGUAGGAAUAAGGGCAAAGCCAACGGCGCUACCUCCGUCGGGGAACCAAAUGCUUGACCCCCUGGCCCCUCCCACCUCCACCCUCUCAUGACCUCAGUCCCCCCUACAACAGCUACUAUCACCACCUCAACUUGCACUGACAAGCUAGCUGGCUAAUAACUGCAUCUGUAAACCGGGCCAGUGCAGCGUGAAUGACAGAGCUGCGCAGGUGGAAAAAUGUCCUCUUUUAUUGCCAUAUCCUGCUCCAGUGCUUCCUAUUAGAAGCAAACUUUGCACCAAACAGCAGUGUGUGCAUGUGUGGAUGAAUGUAUCCUGUCCUGGCUUGAUGACGUUUCAGAGGAAAUUAUUCAGCAUGUUUAUUUGAAUUUCUGCAAACACGUUAAACUUGCUUUUAUGGCCUUGUUAUGAACGAACGGAAGGGAGGAGGGUAUGGGGGGGGGGCGCAGUAGGCUGUCAGUUUGUACCUCACCAAGGGUAGAGGGUGGGAUCUCCCUGCUGUAGACCGUAAUGCUUCCUACGGUGGACAAACUGGACCAAAGAUGAAGAGCAGAGUGGUUGGUUGUAUGAUUUGCUCUGUUUAGACGCCUUAUGUUUAACACUGCAAUGACAUCAACCGCUCUCGUGAUAAAGGGCUCUUCUUCAGGUCGAAAUCAUGUUAAAAAGGGAGACGAUGACCUUUCACUGCGCAACUAGUGCUGGUGUGAGACCUUAAUAUGACUACUUACUGACACUAAGACUAUGAAAUCCUUAUUUAAAUUGAGCGACAGCGCUUGUCUUUUUUAUCCCGAACGACUCAACAGCCGUGCAACACACAUGUAAAGCUGUGCCACAAAAUGAAAUAGAACAUUAACUGCUAAUAAGAGACCAUUAGAAUUGGCAAAGCGUAGAUUUAGUGUUGUCAAACAUUAUGCCCCAGCCAAAAAAACAAACAUUAUUCUAUAAUAAAUACAUAAUUAUAUAUGAAAACUUCAAUGUUUACUCCCCUGUGGUGUUAUCUGAUAUGCAACUUCCUUUCCUCUUUGUCUUCUCUAAGAUUCCUCGUGUACACUACAAAUUAUCACCAGAACUGCAAAUAUGAGAAAAGGAAAAGGGAGUAAACUUUUAUCAAGAGACUGUGAUGUCACAAAUGGCCAUUCUUCCCGUGACUUGCUAUAAUGAAUUGAUUUUACUCUCAUUACAAUUGUGCAUUUCAUCAUAAUGAAAUCAACACUUUUUUCAAACCAUGUUUUAUUAAUUGUUCUUAAGGUGUAGCUCUGAUAUCUUGAGGUGUGAACAUGUUUGUGAGCAAUCAAAGUGCUUGCGCUACUUUUUUAUCCAGCUAAUGAUUGUUUUCUCUCUCUCUCUCUCUUUCUGCACAUCACGUUCUACUGUUUCCUUAGCUGAUUAAAGCGGAUGCAUCCUAGUGAAAGAUUGAUUCAUCAAAUUGCCUUACAGAUAUUCUGAGAACCUGGUCAUGGACUGAAGUUGUCCGGACCCACCUUUGAAAAACUGAGGGUCCGUCAACAGUUGUUGAAAAUAGUGUGCUGCCCUGUCCCUGCAUCAUCAGCAAUGUCUAUAAUCAAAAAGGCUAUGCACAUAUCAGUUUACUGAGUGCUUUCCCGAUCAAGACUCUUUGGGAACGCACUAUUGACAGUGGUUCCUGCAGGCAAAGCGUUGGUGUCCACCCACGAACCCCUGUCACCCGUUCUUGUGCGUACAGAAACAUUCACAGAAUGAGAUUCAGGCGGAAAAAAUAUAACAAUGAAACGGGUUAUUUUAAUCAUUCUCAGCUUGUAGGCUUUUGCUUAAAGCCAUGUCCGAGCGGCAGCUCCAGUUGUUUGGGCUGCGUGUGAUUUAAUAAACUGCUUCCUGAUGUUUUCUGUACAUGCAUCUGUCUUAUAGAAUGGAACAUGACUGACUUGACUCCUGCUGCAGAUUCAGAGUCAAGUCAGCUGCCUGUAGGGAACAAAGGUAAAUACAUUUAUGUCAUUUUCAGAAAUAAAUGCUAUCUCAGU